AUGGCCACGAUCCACACGCCCACUCGUCUGAACAGCACUGACGAAGGCGCUCCCCACGGGCAGGACGGCCAGUUUGCUACUAGACGCCGGCGUUUGCCGUUCUGGCACGUAUCUCGGGAUCAACUGUCCACGCUCAACCCAGUUGUCGCUGCCGGUGGGGAGUUGAUAGUCGAUGCGGGGAGGACCAGCGGUCGCACGCCCUCGCCUCCGCCGGAGCCGGUGGUAGAUCUGUCGCGUGAGAGUCAGACCGAUAACAAGUCCAAGGGCACGGAUGCCGCGGGCCAGCGUGGCAAGUCCCGUACAAAGAAGAAACCCGACGAUUCAGUCGAUGAGACGCCACGGCUGGCCGGGAAGAAGGAAGGCAUACCCCUAAAGGCCGAAAACAGCAAGCAGAAGUCUGUUCAUGGUGCAAAUGCCUCGCUCAAAGAGGUGGGAUUGUCGAAGGGAAAAACAGCGACAUCGACAGGGCGUUCCAGCCAUCGUCCGGAGAAGCCAUCGAAAUCUAUACAAAAGCCAGGCGCCGAGUGCAACGACAGUGUCAACAGUCGCGCGUCACCUUCAAUCCGCAAAUGGCGCGAGCAGUCGGCUCCUCCUCAGACCCCUGCUACCAUUGACGGAGACACCGAAAGCGAAGAUGACACGGUACCGUCUUCUAGGCUUUGGUCUCGCACGGUGUCUGCCGAAACAUCACUGACAUCCGUGGAGGAAUCUUCGACUUCAACCGUCACGACCGCGACCACAGCGGCAACUGCAAAGUUGUGUUGGGACUUCCUCAACGGAAAGUGCACCAGACGGCGAUGCCUAUACUCUCACGCACUCAUCCGUGGGAAGGACGAGGAUCUGACAGCGCAGACUCCGAUGGAAGAGGAGAUUAUCGUCGCAGUCAUGGAUUCAGUGAAGGUGAAGCUUGGCUCUGGCUUUGAUGUCAAACAAGUCCGAACAGGCUUCGAGACACGGCAAAUGUCCUCGGCGGUGUCCCUUCCAUUAUCUCUCCUCCAGAGUGUAACCUUCGCCAUAGCAGACGAAGCAACUGAAGCGGUGAACGCUUUGGACGGCUCGACACUGUUUGGCGCUACAGUUUCUGCCCGGCUUCAGCAUCAGAAGACCAAAGUUGUCGGCGGCGGCACUUUCCACGAUGGCGACGUACUCUUCCAGCUUCCAACAGCAAGGACGACUGCUUACGUAGGGUACAAGACCGAAAAGGCUGCCUCGACAGCGAUGACGAACGCCAUGAAGCAGGACCUCCGCGGCAUGCAAGUGUUGGCCCAACGCUACAACGGAGUUCCACAAGUCGGCCAAUUCAACGUCAAGUACGAAUUUCUCCCAGCGAACGCCACCGUGAAGGAUUUGGCGCGUUGGGGAGAGUACGAGGCUGCCCCCAUGUUUGAGCGGCCCAGCUACCAGUCAAGUCAUAACGCUGUCAUGGCACUGAGGCGUCGACUGGAGGAGUUUGGCGAGGUAUCCGUUAACGUUCCUCCAGGAAAAGGAAGGAUAUUUGCCCAUCAUUACCGGUCGUUGCUAUACACGUUAUCUCGGGGCAAGUUCAAGCUAAUAAAUCAAGAUCUGGUCGAGCUACAGGCGUUUCUCAAUAGCGCAUACAGCACCACGAUAUCCAUUGACGACAAAAACCCCCCACCUGGACCUAUCACGAUCAGGCUUGCGUCAGAGAAUCCAUCAGGGAUACCCAACGCUAAAGCCGCCUUCGAUCGCAUCCUGCACGGUGAGAAGAUCACGGAGAACGGGCAGACGGUCUGGAACGACUUCUUCGAGAGCACGGCAGGGGUUCAGUUCCUCGCAGACGUCGAGAAAGAGAUCCCUAGGGUCAGAAUCAACCGCGACCACCGUCGACGCACGCUCGUGCUCUUCGGGCCAGAACCAUUCCGCUCCAAUGCUCGUAAGGCCAUCCUCGCCCGGCACCGUCUCCUCACAGCCCAGCGUCAGCGGCACUAUCGUCUCGCAUGGGACCUGAUUGGCUCAUUCCUGAGCGAAGACCUUGCGAGCCUCAAGAAGGAGCUCGGAGACGAGAACGUACGGUUUGACUCCCUCACCAAGGAGCUCGUCGUUGAUGGCGACGAAGACGCGCAGAAGACCGCGAAGCUGGCUCUUCAAGACGCCACCCGGCGCCGCGGCCAGGCUCCCCGGGUCUCCCACUCCGAUGGCUGUCCGGUCUGCCUGAACGUUCCCCUCACCUGCCUUGGCGACAGCGCCCGUUGCACGCAUCGCAUCCCACUGAGCGUCGUGCGACAGCUCCUCACCCCGGACGGCUUCGACGCGCUUGCCCGCGCUGCGUUUGAUAUCUACAUCCGCUCGCGCCCGAAGGAGUUCCAGUACUGCCCAACGCCGGACUGCCCCCAGGUGUACCGCGUCCCGGGAAAGCGCCUCGCCCCGCCCCUGAAGGGCAAAUCCCGUCAAGAUCCCCCGCCCCCUACCCCUGCGCCCGCACCUACGCUUCCUCCGGUGCUGCAGUGUCCGUCGUGCCUCGUGCGUGUCUGCGGGGCCUGCGGGGCGGAGCACCAUGAGUCUCGCUCCUGCCAGGACACCUCGCCGGCGGACGAGGCGCAAUUCGUGGGUUGGAAGUCGGGCCACGAUGUCAAGGACUGCCCGAAGUGCAAGGUCCCGAUCGAGCGCGAGGCGGGAUGCAACCACAUGACGUGCGCGCGCUGCAAGACGCACAUCUGCUGGGCAUGCCUCGAGACGUUCGAGACGAGCGGGGAGGUGUACGGGCACAUGCGCGCGAUCCAUGGUGGGAUCGGCGGCCUGGACGCGCAUCUCUGA